AUGCCAGGACCUCUUUACAACGAAGGAGAAGGUGACCAUAGCAAUAGAUUAAUCCAUGAUGAAUUGCGUUAUAAUAGGCGCUCAAUGUUAGAGGAACAUCAACAAUUAUUGAGGAACUUGACGGCUGAACAAAAGUCAGUUUAUGAGAAAAUUAUGGCAGCAGUGGAUGAGGCCAAAGAUGGAUUGUUGUUUUUAUAUGGUUAUGGAGGAAUUGGCAAGACAUUUAUUUGGAAGACUCUAUCUUCAGAUUCAACAUGCAAUAUAAAACAAGGUAGUCCUUUGGCAAAAUUGAUCGUUAAGGCAAAGUUGAUUAUUUGGGAUGAGGCACCGAUGAUGCAUAGAUACUGUUUUGAAGCUCUUGAUCAAACUCUUAGAGAUAUUCUUAUAUUUAAAGACACAUCCAGUCUAGAUCGACCAUUUGGAGGUAAAACAGUUGUUCUUGGUAGUGACUUCAGACAAAUUUUGCCAGUCAUUACAAAAGGAAAUCAGUUAGGGCCACAUUUAGAUGAGUUAAAAGAAUUUUCAGACUGGAUUUUGGCAAUUGGUGAUGGGAGAAUUGGAAGUUCUGUUGAUGGCAUUGAAAAGGUUCGAAUCCCCGAUGAUCUUCUCAUACAUAAUUGUGAUGAUACAAUAUCUGCAAUUGUAGAAAGUACUUAUCCUGAUUUCUUUAAACAUUCCAAUGACAUAGAUUACCUCCAGCAAAGAGCAAUUCUUGCUCCGACUCUUGACAUGGUGGAAUCUAUCAAUGAUUAUAUUGUUUCACUCAAUCAUAAUCCUGAGAAGACAUAUUUGAGUUCUGAUACGAUUUGUAUGUCUGAUCAUGCUUUUACAGCUCUGGACCACGUACAUACACCAGAAUUCCUGAACAAUAUUAAAUGUUCUGGAGUUCCAAAUCACUCCAUGACUCUAAAGGUUGGUGUUCAUCUGAUGUUACUGAGAAAUAUAGACCAGUCAUCGGGAUUAUGCAAUGGUACAAGGUUGAUCAUCACAAGACUUGGAAAUCGAGUUAUUGAAGCCAAGGAUUUAUCAGGUAAUAUGGCUGGAGAAAAAGUGUUUAUUCCAAGAAUGACGUUGACUCCGUCUGAUGCGAGAAUACCUUUUAAGUUCCAACGACGACAAUUUUCAAUUGUGGUGUCUUUUGCCAUGACAAUUAAUAAAAGUCAAGGCCAGUCAUUGUCUCAUGUUGGGUUAUUUUUGAAGAAAUCAGUAUUUACACAUGGACAGUUGUAUGUUGCUCUUUCACGAGUGACAAGUAGAAAAGGGUUAAAGAUUUUAGUUUACGAUGAUGAUGGACAAAAAACAAAUGAAGCUAGAAAUAUAUAUGAUUUUGACUGUCAUUAUAAAGAUGCUGGAGUUACUAAAUUCGCAAUAAAAUAUAUUGUUGUGAGAAACUGCUUAGGAAAUGCCAAGACUGAUUGUUUCUAUCAACGUGGAAUUCUCAUACUGAAUGGGGAAAAUCCGGCUCUGAGAGCAUUUGAUGUGGAUUUUGGAAAAUUUGGUGGUGGAUUAGAAACAGGGGUGGGUAGUGAUUGUGUGGUGAGCUUCCUUUGUUGCCAACCUGAAUUGCAUUCUAAGGUGAAUUCCCUUAUUCCCCAGAUGGGUGGACGCCUGAUUGCAGACACUCGAACCAUCUUCUCUUGCUACUUGGAACUGUUUUCCCUCGAAACUUGCACCAUUUUUCCUUGCUCUCCAGGUGGGCGCCUGAUUGCUGAACUUGCACUGUUUUCCUUUGAAACUGGAGCUGUUCUUCUUUAUUCUCCAGGUGGGUGUUUGAUUGCUUGA